CUUUCAUUCCUAAGACCAAAGCGUUCCCCUCAUCUCUCAGCUCAUUUGGUUGACUCUGGACUCAGGUCAAAUCCUGCUCUGAAGAGCAUGGAAUGGGAAACCGGGUGCAGACCUGGCAAACGAGGACUCUGUUGUUGCUGCAGGACUCUGGAGCCCUCCUCAAGCUUGGAAUCCACCAGGACACGCUCCUUUCUGGGAAGCAAUACGGUCUGGAGGCUGUCAGAGACAGGGAAGAAAAAAUCAAUACAACCCUGUCUCUAGGAAGGAGUGAGUGAUCUGAUCUCAAGUGGUGUGAGAAGACCUAUUUUGAUCCAAACCAGGGUCUUAGGCUGGGUUAUUUCCAACCCGGGUCAAACAAUUGAUCAUAAGAUGUUUUUUUGGCUUAUGUGCUAUCUUGUGGAUGUGUGGCUGAUUUCUGCCUCAGAUGUGGGCCACUGUCCUGACCCCUUGCUGGUGACUGAUGAGUUCAGUUCCUUGGAGCCUGUCAAUGUGAAUGACACUAUCAUGUUUAAAUGCAAUGAGCAUUGCAUUCUCAAGGGCAGCAAUUGGAGCCAGUGCCAAGAAAACCACACCUGGGUGACUCACUUUCCUGUCUGCAAAAGCAGAGACUGUGGCCCUCCUGAGACUCCAACUCAUGGCUAUUUUGAAGGAAGAGAUUUCAAGUCAGGAUCUACCAUCACUUAUUACUGUGAAGCAAGGUACCGCCUGGUGGGCACACAGCAUCAACAGUGUAUCGAUGGGGAGUGGACCAGUACGCCUCCCAUCUGUGAGUUGAUCCAAGAAGCUCCCAAACCAGCCGAGUUAGAGUUGGAGAAGGCAUUUCUUGCCUUUCAGGAGAGUAAGGAACUUUGCAAAGCCAUAAAGAAAUUUACACAAAGAUUAAAGAAAAGUGAUUUAACAAUGGAGAAAGUAAAAUAUUUUCUGGAAAGAAAGAAGGCCAAGUUGAAGGCAAAAAUGUUGCCCUGACAUUGUAGCUGAGCAGACUGGGUAAUAGAAAUA